UCACUCCACCGCCCAUCUCCUCUGACGUCGCCGCCUCCCCUCUCCCUGUACUUCCUCCAGCUUCACCCACAUUCUCUUCACUUCACGACCGCUUGACGACCCCACGCUCUUUACAUCAAUCACCGUCACCCCGUACCCUGUUGGGACGCACACAGCUACGACAGCAACCGCCCUGCCCCUGCUCCUUUGGUCGAGAGCCUCUCCUCUCUCCUCGCCUCCCUCUCCCUGAGCCGCUACACGUUAUCGUGUCUGUUGCUGUUUAUCCCUGUUUUUCGGCGAUUCCAGGACAAUUCUCUUGGGGAUACCCAUUCCUGAUCAAAGAGAGCGCUCGGACACACAGCCCCUCCCCGCCCAUCGCUAUAUAACGCUCCUAUAAAACACCCCGCCUCUCUCUGCUAUUCCAUGCCGUUAUAGACAAAGACGUACAUACACCUCGACCCGGCCCACACUCUUUCAUAACCCACGCUCUUUACCAACAACCCGACUCCUACCGACGACGAUCUUGAUCUCGUGCUUCUCCGCCCCGACCUAUCACGCAUACCGCAUACCGUGCAUCCAUUCGCACUCUUCCAUCCCGCAUUCAACCAGCAUACAAAAAACAUAUCACAACAAACCAUAAUCGCAAUCAUGUCUUUUGAAAAGCCUCGUCUUCACCUCGACUUCAACUCUCCCUCUUACCCUCCUCUCACCUACUCUCCCAACGCCAGUUCCGCCUCCUCCCCUCAUACCGCCCCGCCGAGCACGGCGCCUUUCAGCGGCUUUGCGUCAAAGCAGUACGCUUCGCCCUUCUCCCCUACCCGGCGGUCUUUGGCCACGUCCCCUCCUUCUCCGUCGAGCCCUACAAUGUCUGAAAGGAGUGAAAAGAGUAUAAGGACGCCCCCGAGGAUUGUGAUGGGCGCGAUGGUUAGUACGUCGCCGAAGAGUGACUAUGAAGAGGAAAGUUCGUUGGAAGUACCGGGCAUCGUCUUAACCGAACCAUCCCAUGUCGACCCCCGCCCCCGUCCUCCCCCCAAACAAACCGUCCUCCUCGCCCCCACCUCCCUUCCCCUCCCUCCGCCCGGCUCUUCCCCAUACGGCCACUCGUCCCAAUCAUCCAUCUCGUCUAAAUCAAAACACCAAUUUUCCCCCGCUUUCCUCUCAUUCCUCAACGGCGGCGCCCCUUCUUCUUCGUCCACGCUCUACGCGCCCGGGCCUGGGAUGGGUCAGAGCGGGAGCGUCAGUGGGAGCCAGAGGAAGAGCAGGAUGAAGGCGCUGGUGUUGUUGGGCGUUGUGGUGCUUGGUGGAUGGCAUUUGUGGAGUAGUAUGAUGGAGGGAGACUUUGGAGGACUUGUGGAAGAGGCAGGAGAGUUGCUCUAAACAUCUUUCUUCUUCCAUUCACGCCAUCUUGAUAUUCUCCUUGUCACGACUAUCCCUACCGCUCCUCAGACAUAACUUUAUCCCUCUCAGUCUGAGGUUUGAAGAAGACAAUUGUCCCAUUUGUAUAUGACGCCCUUACCGUGGCUUGUUUGAUUUUUUGCUCUGACUUUUCUUGCUCUCUUGAUGGUUAAUGAACGCUCUAUACCUCAUCUUCUAUACUCUACACGCUUUACGACUUAUGCGAUGAACAUGACGACCUCUCCUUCUGAUCAAGUGCUCCACUGCUUGAGGACUAUAUUGACGAGAAGACUGCAAGGGAA